AUUAUCCCUCCCUUCUUUGCACAUCCAAUCCUCUUCCACUCGUGAGGUUUUACAACAAACUAUUUAAACGCGUUCCACAACAUCUAACAUUACCAGAGUUCACUGUUCGCAGCUGCACUUUCAGAGUUUGCAGAAGAGUCAGUACAUCGCAUUGUGUUUUCUCACGGCAACCGAGAAGCAUCCAGAAGAAUGGCAAUGAUGAAUACUUUUACGGCAGCAUGCAGGAAGAAUCAUCUGGGCGACGGGCUAAAUAAGCAGCUGUUCUUCACUGUGCGCGCUUUGCACAAGUCAGCAGCAAGCGGGUCUUUUGGGAUCGCCGCGAGUGGAGAAGAAGCCAUGCCUAAAAGAUUUCCCACACCGGAGGGUGUCGUCGAGAAAACCGCAAUCAAGACCCUGAAUGAGAUGCCAGGACCCAGCACCCUAUCCAACCUGAUCGAGUUCUUCUGGAGAGAUGGGUUUAGCCGAAUUCACGAAAUUCAGAUGGAGCACAGGAAGAUGUAUGGCAAAAUCUUCAAAUCCCGUUUUGGGCCCCAGCUAGUGGUCUCGGUGGCAGACCGUGACCUGGUGGCUGAGGUGCUGAGGGCCGAGGGUGUGGCCCCUCAGAGAGGAAACAUGGAAUCCUGGAAGGAGUACAGAGACCUGAGAGGCCGUUCAACUGGCCUCAUCUCAGCUGAGGGAGACGAUUGGCUGAAGAUGCGGAGUGUGCUCAGACAGCUCAUCAUGCGUCCCCGUGACGUUGCAGUUUUCUCCGAUGACGUGAAUGACGUGGUAGACGACCUGAUCAAGAGAGUUUGUAUUCUGCGUUCCCAGCAGUCUGACGGAGCAACUGUCCACAAUGUGAAUGACCUCUUCUUCAAAUACGCCAUGGAAGGUGUUUCAGCCAUUCUGUACGAGUGCCGAUUAGGCUGUUUGGAAAACAAGAUUCCCCAGGAAACCCAAGACUACAUUGAUGCACUGCACCUCAUGUUCAGCUCCUUCAAGACAACCAUGUAUGCUGGGGCGAUCCCCAAGUGGCUGCGAACUAUCAUCCCCAAACCCUGGGAAGAGUUCUGUCACUCCUGGGAUGGCCUCUUCAGAUUCAGCCAUAUUCACGUCAAUAAGAGACUUUCAGAGAUCCAGUCCCAGCUGGAGCAUGGAAAGGAAGUGAAGGGCGGGCUGCUCACACACAUGCUCAUUACCAAGGAGAUGAACUUAGAGGAGAUCUAUGCCAAUGUAACAGAGAUGCUACUGGCUGGGGUCGACACGACAUCCUUCACCCUUUCAUGGGCCAGCUACCUGCUAGCACAGCACCCUGAUAUACAGCAGCAAAUCUUUACAGAAGUGAUGACGACUUUGGGACCUGGAGCAAUCGCCACGGCUGACGAUGUCCCUCGUCUGCCUCUCAUCAGAGGGCUUGUCAAAGAGACUCUCAGGCUUUUUCCAGUUCUCCCAGGCAACGGACGGGUUACUCAGGAUGACUUGGUGGUGGGUGGAUACUUCAUCCCCAAAGGGACUCAGUUGGCCCUCUGUCACUACGCCACAUCUUUGGAAGACGAGAACUUCUCUGAAGCUAUUGAAUUCCGACCGGAUCGCUGGAUACGCAAAGAUAACACAGAUCGUGUCGACAACUUUGGCUCGAUUCCCUUUGGCUACGGCAUCAGGAGCUGCAUUGGCAGGAGAAUAGCAGAGUUAGAGAUGCAUCUAGCUCUCAUACGGCUCAUUCAAAGGUUCCAAAUCGGUGUGUCUCCCCUCACAGCUGAUGUCAAGGCCAAAACCCACGGCCUGCUCUGCCCUAGUGCCCCCAUCAACCUGCAGUUCAUUGACAGGAAAAACUAGAUGCAGUUUCCUCUCCGUUAGGUCUACUGUACUUUAUGUUUUUACAGCGCUUAUUCAUCAUUAGUUUUUUUGUAAAUACAAUGCAUUUAGUAGACCUUCCAAUGUUAUAUUUUAGACACUAACCUGCAACUGAGGUUUUACUCAGAAAUAUGCCUCACCUUCUCCUGUUCAUUAGUGAGGAGAAAACUAAAAUAGUACUGGUAAUUUAAAGAUAAUCGCUUUUGUUGUAUGCACACCGAUCAAGCCUAACAUUAUGACCACAGACAUGUGAAGUGAAUAACACUGAUUAUUUGGUUAUCAUGGCUUCUGUUGGUAACAUUUUGUCCUCAAAGGUGAUGUGUUAGAAGCAGGAAAAAUUGACAGCGUGAGGAUUUGAGCGACUUAGCGAGUGGAAAAAUUAACUAUAAUCAACAUAAACAAACUGUGUUGUUUUAUAUUAAUGUGCACGCAUUUGUGUAACAAUAUGUGAACACUCAUUAAUACGUAAUCACACUGUUUCUUCCCUAAGUUUGUGAAAGUAAUUCACUGAGAAUGUUGAAGGGCAACCAUGAAUUUACUGAAAAUGAGCUGUUUCAAGUAUGUAUAUAAUCUUUAUUUUUUAUGAUUAUGUCACAAAUCGCAAUUUUGUUGCAGUUAUCUUUUUUUCUGUCACCAGAAUGUUUAAUCACUGAAGCAGCAUUACAUGAUUUUAAUCCAUGUACUGUAUAUCAAUGAAACAAGAAAUACACAGCUAGAAAAAAAAAAAACACUAUUAGUAAUAUUUUAGGAUAUAAUUGAUUUUUAAAACCAAAAUAUAUUUGAUCAUGCUGUUACUUAGAAGUAAUAAAUGAACGAUUGAUCAAGGUCAUUGAACGAAGGAUCACACUGGUUUGUAUUGAGGAAAAUGGUAACCUUUUAUAUCUUUGUAUUUAUCUACUCUUUUGUCUUUCUGAACCCUUAUACAAUAAAAAUGAUCGAAUUAUUCUUUUAAACAA